AUGUCUCGGCCCGAACUGCCCAAACAGAGCAUAGUUUGCAACCAUCAAUUGCAGCCUUUGUCGGUGUUCGAGCCCACCCAGUGCGGCCAUAUGGUCUUUUCUUGCUGCGAAGCGACCCCAGAUGGGGCCGUGGAGGAGGUCCAAGCUCUUCGCACCGUGGACUUGCCAAAGAUUGAGCCGGCAUCUGCCACCCCAACGCAAGCUGCCUUCACGUUUCAGCUCCCAGACAACUCUUCGAAAGAGGUCAUUUUCACUGAAAAGCCACUGGGUUUGGAUUUCAGCAAGUCUUUGCCCAUGACCGUGAAGGCAGUGCGAAAGGACUCUGUCUCACACGCAGCUGGAAUCGAAGCAAGAUGGGUGCUCACCCACAUUGGCAGAGAAGCCAUCCCUUCUGAUCUGAAAGAAGCGAUGGAAAAGAUCCUUGAGGCAGUGCGCGAGCUGCCACAAAAGUGA